UUUGUGAGAGUGAGAGUUUCAGUUUUGUGAAUAGGGAGAGGGAAGGGAUGUUUACUUCGGCUAGACUUAGACUCAAAAUUGUUAGUACUCAUUGUCAGAAUACAUUUCUCUACGGAUAGAUAUGACAGUUUUGCGUUAAUUUAGUCUUAAUUCAUUCACAAGACUAGUUUUUUGUGAGAGGUGCAUAAACGGACCAUACACACAAUACUAGGCAUAUGAGGGUACUUGGGCUCUUCCCGAUUCAAGCAAGAUGAAUAAAAAGUUGUUCUACGCGAUGUCUCGUCGCCGCGUGUCUUGUCCGCAGAUGACACAGCAGUUGUGGGACGCGAUCAAGACUAUCAGAUAUCAACGCCAAGUCCCGGACAUUGACCGCAUCGCCAAGUUCAUGAGUAGAGUACACAACGUCGGACUAGAGGAAGUUACCCGACAACUCAACUACUGUGUCAGAGAUGGUCUAUUGCAGCUUACCAAGAGGGUCGGGUUCAAGGGCUCCAAAAUCGGAGUGGAGACUGAAGGCUACAAUCUGCCUGGGGAAACGGUGGAGAAGGAUAGUCACGACUGGUAUUGUUUCGAGUGUCACCGUGGUGGAGACGUCAUCUCUUGUAACACUUGUCACCGAGUUUACCACCUCGCGUGCAUCGCUAAGGAGGAACUGCCCGAGACAGAUGUGAAACACAAGUUUGUCUGCAACGUUUGUAAGAUGAUCAGUACCAAAGAAGAGAACUUUGAGGUGAAGAAAAGUCAGCUGAACAGGUUGCUGAGACUAACGAUUCGCAGGCUAAAACAACGGUUGCCGAUGUCCCUCACAGAGCGUCAUGUGUUGUGCAAUGCGUCUGCGACUCCCUACAUCUACGAGAGGCAAGGUAACAUACGACGACCCAGCUCUGAGCUGCCUUCCACCAUCAAGUGGGUCAAUGAUGACAAGGACAUCUGGCGUCAGGACUUCCUUUUGUACAGGCCAAUGGAUUUGCAAAUGAUGGAAGCUAAAGCUCAGGCAAAUAAGUAUGAACAUCUGGAAGAGUUUAAAGCUGAUGCCCAAACCAUUGUACAUAAUGUGGUAAUUUACCACGGAGUUCACAGUAUCGUGGCAGACCAUGCUAGACUCAUGCUCCGAGACUGUUUGACCAGUCUACAAGACAUCCGGCAAUGCAGAGACUGUUAUAAAGUCUCGUUUGAAAGGAACAACAGGAAUUGGUUCUGCAAACCGUGCAGACCUCCCCACAUGCUGGUGUACGCCAAGCAGAAGGGCUACCCUUACUGGCCUGCCAAGGUCAUAAAAAUCAACGGAGAUUUGUACGAUGUAAGAUUCUUUGGUGGGACUCAUGAGAGGACGUCGGUGGAGAAGGCGUACAUUCGUCCGAUAUCAAUCAACAUUAACUCUUUACAAGUAAAAAAGACAUCAUCGUGGAACAAAGCGUGCGAAGAGUUGAAGCGACACCAAGAUCUGCUGGAGAAGCUGCGGCUUGCAACCAAUAACUUCACUGCGCCGGCUCAAGAUAGCUCUAGCGAUAGCAGCGACAAUGAUACUGAAAAUGAAGAUGAGGAUGUAGAACCACCUAAGAUGGAGAGAGAACGAGAAAGAGAGAGAUCGAGUGAAAGAGAGAGAGUAAAACUAGAGUCUGACAUGUCGGACUUGUCAGAAGAUGAUGAAGAAGCGCCUUUGAUGAAACGGUUGAAACGUGAAGAAGAACCUGUCAUCAUUCCUGUAGCCAAGAAGUUUCAGAAGAUUCCUAGCAAGAGUCUACCCUCGUCAGUCGCUAAAACACCAUCGGGUAAAAGAAGAGGAAGGCCUCCGUUAGCUCUCGCAAAAAGACUCGGGAGGAAAGCUCUGUCAGUUUCCCCCGUAAAACGGCCGCUGAGAAGCACUCCUCCGCCCAACAAGACUCCAGGACGGAGGGGGCGACCACCUGGUUCCAAGAACAAGGACUCGCUCAUCAAGAAGGAGAUAAUAGAGAUGCAGCGGAAACUGGAAAAGGAGUUUGAGGAGAAGAAGAGGAAAAAGGACGAAGAGGAGUUAAGAAAAAAACUGGAAGAGGAUAGUAAAGAGAACAUUGUCAAACUUGAUCUGGACGAUCCUUUGCCUAAGCUGGAAGAGAAAGUGGAAAUAUCGUCGACCAGUGUUCCUCUGGUGGCCAGUAAGAAAGAAGAAGAAGAAAUGGUGAGUUCGUCUUGUCAAGAGCCGCAGGUUAGGUCUGUGGCUGUCCAGACAAAGCCGCAACCAACGCCAGAGCCUAAGAAGACUGUUCCGGAAACAUCGAGUCAGCCAUCGGAGGAACAAAUAGCCAAGAUUCGUGAAGAAGUUGUUGAAGAGAAGGACAAAGAAAUAGAGAAGUUAAAAACAGAACAUGCUGCUGAAAUUGCCUCUUUAGAAGAAAAACACAAGCUUUAUGUGACAGAAAUCAAGAAGAAACAGUGGUGUUACAAUUGCGAGUCAGAAGCCAUCUACCACUGUUGUUGGAACACAGCAUAUUGCAGCAUAGAUUGUCAACAACUACACUGGCAGAAGGAACACAAACGUGUGUGUAGACGCAAACGUUGACCGUAACACACACACCAAACUACCUUCAGAUUUGAUAAGUGCAGUUUACAUUCAAAGACUUGAACAUUUUCUGGAAGAUUGGGUUAAUCCAGGUAGUUUAGAACAGGCCUGUUUAAAUGGAAAGGUAUAAAACCUUUUCUUUACUUUCAUAAGCUCACGAAGGAAUAAUAAUAAUGUUUAAUAUAGGAUGAGAUAGUGAAGAAAAACUUGAUUUUUCCUACAGUUACCCAAAGGUACGUUUUGCUUGGAGCGACAGGUGCGAUCGUCGCUCAGCGACUGUCGCCGAGCGGCAGUCGCGGGCCGGUAGACUGUUUUGCUUGGAGCGACAAUUUCUUCCUGGCGUCACCCAGACGUGGUAUCGUCAGUGCACCUAACCUCAAAAUUGCGCACUAAGUAUAAACUCACCAAAUAAAUUUGAUAAAUUCACUUAGUUAAGUAAUUGUUAAUUACUUAACAAUUAAGUAUUCUUUAUAGUGAUUUGUUAUGAGAAACAUUCCAAAAUUGCCAUGUCACAAGCAAAAAUGUAAUAAAAUUACUCAAUUUCUCCUCUCAAUUGCAUCACACAAGCAUAAUUAACUCGAAAUCAGUGUUAUACAACCUCCUCACAGAGUGAAAAUUAUAUUUUGUUGAUUGUAUUGUGAAUGAAAAAAAUACCAAUUACAUUUUAUACUCCAUUAAUAUUUGAAUAGCCUCUUCUUACCACAUUACUGUAAUAAUUGGCAUUUUAUAUAUUUACAAAUGACACUUCAUAAUGAUGUUAUUUGGUCCAGGAUCACUUCUUGAAAAUUAAAAUGGUAUAAGAUUACCUGUUUCUGUCUGUGAUCCUAAUUUGUAGUAUGAGCUACCGGUUUCGAGGUUAUAACCUCAUCAUCAGGCUUCUUGUCACUCUUGCGAGGUCGUCGAGUUUUAUAAACACACAAAACACUAACAUUUAAAUAAAUAAGUUACAAGACAUUGACGGAUACGAUACGAAUAUAUUUAACAUAAAAAACUGGAACUAGUUCCCACACGACGCGGCACGGGCAAACGUUUUGUCAUGACAAAACGAGUUUAUAAAAAUAAACAAUAAAACAAGACAAAACGUCUUAUUAUAAGACAAAACGUUGAGUUUUAUAAACACACAAAACACUAAAAUUUAAAUAAAUAAGUUACAAGACAUUGACGGAUACGAUACGAAUAUAUUUAACAUAAAAAACUGGAACUAGUUCCCACACGACGCGGCACGGGCAAACGUUUUGUCAUGACUGGUCUUGACUGGUCUGGGGACUGGUCUUGGAACAGUACCCAGCGACUGCAGCUCGCGGCUCUAGCGACAGUAGCUCCAGGCAAAACAGGACUAUGCAAAACCCCUAAGAUCAGUGUCCAGCGACUGCUGUCCAAGCAAAACGUACCUUAACAAUGUACAUGUUCUCUCACUGAUUUGAGAAAGCAUAGUGGCCAAUUCGCUCAUCAGUGACACAAUGUUAACAUUGUCUCACUCUAAUUACUUUGUCUCACUCCAGAUUUGCAACGUGAAGGCACGUUUCUUUACCAAUUUAUUUGUUUUAUGGUAACUGUAGGAAAAAU